CUUGCCUGUAGGAAUCAAGAACGUCGAGCCCUCUGCCAUCAUGAGAUGAGACUCAAGACCCAAGACUCCUAAUUGUCGAUUUCCUGGCUUCCUUCAGAACGGUGGCCGCAUUCCAUCAGUGAACUGACGGGAUUACACCCUUACCCGGCACAUCGACGCUCAUCCUCUAGCGCAUUAUGGCCAAUGCGACAAGCGGAGAACCGCUGCGUGUGCUCGUCACUGUGGGCUCCACCUCAUUUCCUGCAUUGCUCACUGCUGCGCUGUCGGAUGAUGUGCUAAGACAGCUCGCUACAGGCUCGCAGUCUCUCAGGAAGCAUUCAGCCUCAACACAGCCGACGCUCCUACUGCAGCACGGGGCCACGCCCCUUGCGUCCAUCUUGCAGACCUUCCUGGCCAAACCUGUGGAUCCCUCCUCCAGGAAGGUUCCGGAAGCAGGUCUGAGAAAGGUCGGUACCAAAUGGGGCUACACCGGAGCUGUCAGGACAGAAUUGGACCCGGGAGAAGAAGGCUUGUUGAAUGUGAAGCUGGCAAGCAGCUCCAAGAGACCUACGCACUCCAAGGCAAAUGCAGACUCAAGAGAGGAUGCUGACGAGAAAGAUGCCGCAAUAGACAGCGCCGUUCGCGAUGUCAAAAGCAGGGUGAGAAGGCGCACCGAUGCACGCAAAGCUGGGGCCGACGUCGAGCUGGACGAGGCAGUGUCUUCGGCGCUGAAGGAGCGCAAGGCUAGCCAGAGCAAGUCGCACCGCCCGCAACAAAUAUCGGCAAUCGACGAGCAGGACGACACGGAUAGCUCGAGCAGCUCAAACUCGGAUCUCGAGGAUUGGAACAUGGAUGCUAGACCUUCAGGACCGCUCCCGAUCGGGCAUGGUACGCAGGCGUGGACAGCGGAGCCUGAUGCGCGUGGAGGACUCCAAGCCCAUUGCCUGCAGCUGGAGACUUCACAUGGCGUUCACUUGACCUUGAUCGACUACGUUUACGAUCUUUCAGAGGAGAUCAGUCGCGCAGAUAUUGUUAUCUGUCACGCAGGCGCUGGCACCAUCUUAGAAUCAUUGAGGAGCACCAGUGCGCGCGGUCCGCCCAAGGUGCUGGUUGUUCCCAAUACGACGUUGAUGGACAAUCACCAAAGUGAACUCGCAGACGAGUUGGCGCGGCUGGACUACUGCAAAGCGGGCAGCGUCCACACACUCCACGAAGAUCUUCGAAAGCUGCUUGAUUCGAGUACGCCGCCUUCGAAGCCCUUCCCGCCCUUUGAGCCAGAACGCUUUGCACAGAUAGUCGACGACCUGGUCGGGUUUUCCUAACGCCGCUCAGAUGGUGUGCAUCACCGCUCACGGACAUACUUCUCUUGCUUGCAAUGUCAUGCGUG